CGUAACCUUGAAAUAUUUUUGUAGGUUUUGUACUUAGAUUGUAGACGAAUCUGCAAGUUUCUAAAACAAUUGUAAUGGAUAAGCCACGGCCUUGCGGUUGCAAAGGCCGCAGAACAUGUUUGAUAUGUGAAAAAGAGUAUAAUAUCAAAGUUGAAAAUACUGUCAAUAGAGAAAGUGAUUACUAUAUUUAUUGUCCCAUAUGCAAUAGGGCUUAUCCUGGAUGGAAUGUAAAGGAUAAUGAACACCCAAAUCAUACAGGCACGCCCAUAGAGUUCCCAGGAAUAUACAUUGACCUUAAUUUUCUUUCCGAACAAGAAGAAAAGAAGUUGAUUGAUGAUAUUGAUAUGAUCCCUUGGGACUUAUCACAAAGCGGUAGAAGAAAACAAAAUUUUGGACCUAAAUGUAAUUUCAAGAAAAGAAAAAUCAGACCUGGAAAUUUUAAUGGAUUUCCUGAAUCUACAAAAUUCAUUCAAGAUAAAUUUAAGACGGUACCUAUGAUGGAAGGAUUCAAAACGAUAGAGCAAUGUUCUCUGGAGUAUAACCCAGAACGAGGAGCUUCUAUCGACCCUCAUAUUGACGAUUGUUGGAUAUGGGGUGAACGAAUUGUAACAGUUAAUCUGCUCUCUGAUUCUAUUCUAACAAUGAAUUUUCUCGACAAGCCCUCUCGCUAUAAUCUAGACUGUGUUAAAACAUAUCCGUCAGUCUUGACUGAGUCUGGUAACUUUAAUUUGAGUGGGAAGUGUUAUGAAGUUAAACCAUUUGAAACAAGUUUUAACCAUCCAAUUGUUAGAAUACCAAUGCCUAGAAGAUCUCUAUUGAUUAUGUAUGGGCCAGCUAGAUAUGACUGGGAACAUCAAGUGUUACGAGAAGAUAUAAUCCAACGAAGAAUAUGCCUAGCCUAUAGAGAAUUUACUCCUCCAUACUUGGAACAUGGGGAAUACUUUGAGGAAGGAAAAGAGAUACUUCUUGCAGCCAAACAAUUUUUUCAGGAAACAAGUUAAAUUCAUAUAACAAGUGUUUGCAUUUAGGUUUUCUAAGGAUUUUAAUUCAAAAUGUUUCUUGUCUAUUGGUGUGUUCAUUUAAUACAAAUCUGAUACCUCGAUUAGCUUGCUUAGCUGGUUGGCAAGCGUUUGAUAAUGCAUAUCUGUUGUCUCGGUUACAUCUGUUUUGUCUUCAGUAUUUCCUAGAGCAAGGAAAAAAUGCGGCCAGUUAGCUCAGAAAUUGACAAUAGUAUCAGAUUUUUUGUUGUCAGUUGUCAUAUUUAAAAAAAUUGGUAUUUUUUGGAAAAUUAUUAACUUUCAGUGAAAUUUUUGACUCAUAUUUGUCAACACAUCGCUGUCUUCUGGAAAGAAUUCACGACACGUUCGUAUUGACAUGAUAUUGGAUUGUUUGACACUAGCCAUUCUUAAAUAGUUGUCACAAAAUGUUUACAUUUUGUUGCAAUUAUAUGUUACGGUUUUUGUGAUGACAAUUAAUACCACAAAUGUCAAAUUGUCAUUUAGAUAGAAUCGGGUUCUUAAAGUAUAUUUCGAUCUGUUGACUCUGAUCAAGUGGUAUUAAACCUGCAUCUGCUUGCUUGGCUUCAGAUUUUCUAAACAGAACACAGCUUUAAUUCAGAGAAACAUUCUAGUUUCAAUUGACCACACCCUCUUGAAAUUCUGUAUCAUUAAGCAUUGUUCAGGAAUGUCUCCUUAGUCCUGAACUUUCCAUAAGUGAUUAUAAAUUGUUCUUAUGUG